UAUUCCCUUGGCUUUAUGCUCAUAUACUCUUUUUUUUUAUUUCUCUUUCACCUUUGCUUCUCCUCAACGUUCGGUAGCCUAAAAGUUAGCCCUAACAAAAUAAAAAUUAAAAAAAGAAAAAGAAAAUAAAAGAGAGAGAGAGAGUUUACAUUUACAAGUAUAGGUAGAUUACAGUUAAAGAGCGGAAAGUGGGUUUAAUGGUUUUUUUCUAGAGAGAGAGAGAGGCAUGAUGGCCACCAAUCCCAUGAACAUAGCUUUGGCCUCUUAUUCUUAUUCUCAGUGUUGAGAGAGAGAGGGUGUGGUAGUGAUUCCAGAUGCUUUGGAAAUGGGGAAAAAUGAACAACAACAACAACAUGUGCAGGAAGAAGGGCAGGUUGAGGCUCCACCCUGUUGUUGGGUCCUUCUUCGACCAUUCAGUUUCAAGUGUCUGUUCCUUCUCCUACUCAGUUUGUCGGCUCUGCUUUCUGCACUCUUUUGGGUUCUUCCUAGACACACCAUCACAUAUAGUUUUGAUGCAAAAGAUGUAAUUAAGCAAAGUGCUUCUGUUCAGACAUCCUUCAGACUGGAAAAACCGGUUUCACAGCUUAUUCCAUAUAUUGAAACAUUACAACAUGAUAUACGUGACGAAAUAGCUCUACCAAAUACAGAGGUGGCUCUCCUGUCCAUGCACCAAAGUAUUACACCUAACUGUACUGACGUGGUGUUUGGUGUUCUCUCUGAUCCAAUGAAUGCUUCAAUAAAUCCAGUGUCCUUGAGUGUGCUGAAGUCAUCUUUAAUUGAACUGUUUCUCAAGCAAAUCAAUCUGACUUUGACAUCAUCAAUAUUUGGGAAUGCAUCAAUAUUUGAGAUCUUGAAGUUUCCUGGAGGGUUAACUGUAAUACCAGUGCAGUCUGCUUAUAUUUGGCAGAUGCCUGAGAUUUUGUUUAAUUUUACUCUUAACAAUUCGAUAUCUGAAGUAUUGGAAAGUUUUGAUGACUUCAAGGAUGAAUUAAAGUUUGGAUUGCAUCUAAACUCUGACGAGAAUGUGUAUGUGCAAAUAACAAAUGCAAAUGGCUCAACGAUAACUCCUCCAGUAGUAGUGCAGGCUUCAGUCAUGGCAGGCUUUGGGAGCCUCUUGCCUCAAAGAUUAAAGCAAUUAGCUCAAACAAUAACAGGUUCCGCUGGCAAAAAUCUUGGCCUUGAUAACUCAGUUUUUGGCAGAGUUAAAGAAGUCAGAUUAUCUUCUUUCUUGAAGAAUACACUACAUGCUUCCUCACCUUCUCCUUCUCCUGCUCCCGCUCCAUCUCCACAGUUAAUUGAUCACUCUGAGCCAUCAACUUCACCACAUCAUGCUAAUCCUUACUCUCCAAUAUCACCAGCAGCUUCCGAGCAACCUCCUUGUUUUGAAUGUGAAGUAUCCUCACCUGCACCUUCUAUGGUGCCUGCGCAUCCUCCAGAUCCCUGUCCAUAUAGUGACUUCCUUCAUCAUCCAAUCCCAUCGCCAAAAUCUUAUUCUAAACCAUCCUUUCCCCCUGAUUAUUCCCCUGCUGCUGCCCCUACCUCAAAUUCUGCCAGCCACACUAGUGAGGAAGCUUCUGAUCUGUCACGUGUAGCCGAGGUGUCCCAUGGAUCCAAGCUUCCGCAGGGUGAAGAGACAUCUAAUAAAUUGGUGUCUCAGCUACUUGCUCCAUCCUCUUUAUCUUCAGCGGGUGGUCAUUUCUGUGGGGAAAUCUUGCUAAUGGGAUUUUGUAUGCUAUUAAUUUCAUUUGUUUUUCUCAAUCAUACCAUGUUUUGAUGAUAUGGAGAUGUUGCCUGAUGAAGGAUCCUGGAGACAUGCAAGGACUACUACAGCCUAAUGAUGCUAUGCAAGUUUUGUUCAGACAAUAGAAGGAAGAAGCUUCCGUCCAAUUUUAAUUUGCCUUAAUUUUACUUCAAGUAUGCAACCACCAUGUAAAGUUCCGGAGGGUAAAGGGUCAAAGCCAGAAAGUUGGCAGGCCUCUCAUCUAGUACUACAUAUUUCUAUGAAGCAUGAAAUUGAUCCCAAAGGGGUCAACUAACAAACAUCAUGAUCAAGAGCAAAAUUGGCUUUCAGAUGUCAGAAGAACCAUCCCUUGUAUUCGAUCAAGUGUAUGAUAUGAUAUGCAAAGAAAUGUGGGUUCUUUGAGCAUCUGAAUCUAUAAAACAACUACACUAAUAUCUAGCAAAGAGAUAAAUUAGGCACACUUGUAUAGCUCUAUGCUUCCCCUUUCUCCCUACUUUUUAAAGAAAAUAAGAAUUCAAAUUCGUCCGUGAAGAAA